ACACCUUUGAAUAACUCGAUAACUGUAUAUAAUAACUCUGCAACAUGUCUACUAAAGCUGGAAGUGUGAUUAAGAAAAAGAGUAAGAAGCAGGACGUUAAGGACUUAGCAGAAAAGAUCAAAAGAAACGCCUUGUUGAAGCAGAAACAGCAACAGAAACAAGUAGAACAAGACGAAGAAGACGAAGAAGAUGAUCAUGAUAAGAUAGAAGAAACUACUAAGGAAACCGUUAUAAAUCCUGAUGAUGAAUUGAAAUUUAAGACUUUUCAUGAAUUGAAGUUAGUUCCUGAAUUACUUGAAUCGAUUCAACAAAUGAAAUUUACUAAACCAACUCCUAUUCAAUCUGAAGCUAUACCAUAUGCUUUAGAAGGUAAAGAUAUUAUUGGAUUAGCCGUGACUGGAUCUGGUAAAACUGCUGCUUUUGCAAUUCCUAUAUUACAAGCUCUUUGGAGUGCGCAAAUUCCAUAUUAUGGAUUGGUUUUAGCUCCAACUAGAGAAUUAGCAUAUCAAAUAAAAGAAACUUUUGAUGCAUUAGGUUCAUCAAUGGGAUUAAGAUCGGUAUGUAUUGUAGGAGGAAUGGAUAUGAUGGAUCAAGCUAGAGAUUUAAUGCGUAAACCUCAUAUAAUUGUGGCAACUCCUGGUAGAAUUAUGGAUCAUUUAGAACAUACUAAAGGAUUUUCAUUAAAAAAUUUACAAUAUUUAGUAAUGGAUGAAGCUGAUAGAUUAUUAGAUAUGGAUUUUGGGCCUGCAUUAGAUAAAAUUUUAAAGAUUAUACCAUCUAAGAGAACAACUUAUUUAUUUUCUGCUACAAUGACUAAUAAGAUUGAAAAAUUACAAAGAGCUUCUUUACAUAAUCCUGUAAGAGUUGCUGUAUCAUCUAAAUAUCAAACGGCUGAUAAUUUAAUUCAAUCAAUGAUGUUAGUUAGUGAUGGUUAUAAAAAUACUUUCCUUAUCCAUUUAUUAAAUGAAUUUAUGGGGAAAUCAAUUAUAAUAUUUACAAGAACUGUUGCUCAUGCUCAUAGAACUGCAUUAUUAGCUAGAAUUUUAGGAUUUUCAGCUGUACCAUUACAUGGACAAUUAACUCAAGCUCAAAGAUUAGGAUCUUUAAAUAAAUUUAAAUCUGGUGUAGCUAAUAUUUUAGUGGCUACUGAUGUUGCAUCUAGAGGUUUAGAUAUUCCAUCAGUUGAUGUAGUAAUAAAUUAUGAUAUUCCAACUGAUUCAAAAGCUUAUAUUCAUAGAGUUGGUAGAACUGCUAGAGCAGGAAGAUCAGGUAAAUCAAUAUCUUUAGUUACUCAAUAUGAUUUAGAAAUGUAUUUAAGAAUUGAAAGUGUUUUAGGUAAAAGAUUACCAAAGGAUCCAUCACCUUCAAAGGAAGUAUUACAAGCUUUACAUUUCCAUGUUGAUAAGGCAACAGCUGAAGCAAUUAGACAAACUAAAGAUUUUCAUGAAAAGAAUAAAAGAAAAGGUAGUAGAGGUAGAGAUGAUAAAGAUCGUGAAGAACGUUGAACGUUGAACAUUAAUUGGUUCUUGACAGUAAAUAUUAAUUAUUGGGUAAUUAUAGUUUUAUAGGAGUUAAUGACAAAAAUAUUGUAAUAUUAAACAAAGU